AGGUGAAGAGAACAGAGGGAGAGGCGGGCCACUGCACUCUCGGGUCCGGGGGUCCGUUUUGCAAGACAAGCCAGUAGCAGUCGCCGCUUUUGCGUGAUGGUCGUUUGCUAGGAUUUCCACAGCGGUUUUCUUCAGUUUCUGUACGUUGUGCUUCAUCGAGGCGUGGAGUACCUCAAGCCCUUGCCCAUUGUCGGAAUAGUGUGCUUGCUACAGCCAGCUGAUAUGUCAUCUGGAGAAUCUUCGUGGACCGGCGACGAAGAGUGCAAUCGCCCUGCGUGGGAGCUGGAAGCAGAAAUCCUGCGUUUGACGACACGUCUGAUGAUGCGGGAACGAGACCUGAAACUAGCCAAGCAGCAAAUCAAGCAAGAAAGCACCCGGAGCUCACAAAGUGCUGCGUCAUGGCGGUCAAAAGUGAAGCAGAAAGACGAGCAACUCAAGGCACUCCUGCAUGAAAAAGACGAAGAAAUGAAAGUCAUCGUGUCUCAACUCCUGCUUCUGGAAGGACAGCUACGGAAAGAACAGCAACGCAUCGAAAAGAUUCUCGAAGAGAAGGACGCCAUCAUCAGGUUUCAGAGACACGAGCUCGUCAAGCUCAAGAAAGACAGGAUGCGAUCGCAACGCCAUCUAGACAGGGUAACGAGAGAAGAGUCAAUCGACAGUUUAAGUAGCCUUCCGGUCGACAGUAAACUGCCAGUUGCGACUGUCACAGCCGAGACACAGACACAACCCGAAGACCUGGCGGAAACUUCUCCAAAAUCGCUAACAGCCUUGCAGCAACUUCGCAGCGAUUUGAUACGCAGUAGGGCAGUGCAAGACCUGACGAAUCUGCCCAGCAAUCACGCUAAAAAAGACAGACAAAAGUCGACGCUUCAAAUAACCAGAUCAGAAGGGGACGACCAGAAGGCGAGGAAGCUGGAACGAGACGAGUGUAUGGACGAGUUUCUUGAGGAGAAAGACCUGUUGAGGAUUGAAGAGUUGGCCGUGCUGCACGAAACCCAGCAUAAAAGAAGAGGACUGUACAUCCAAAGAUCAUUUGGCAAGAUCAGGGACAUUCGUGGCGGAAGAAUGAACGUGUCCAAGGCACAUAAAGGCUUAGUCGGUGUAGCGGACACGCUCUCAAGUUAUACGAGGCACGAUGAGUAUUUGUAAAAAUGGAGAGACUCGUUGAAAUGUGCAGUAACCGUAAUAUUUAUGAAAGAAUGCGGUAUUUUGCAGAAAGAAACGUACGCAACCGUUGUGUCUGUAUACCACGAAGUGCCAUGUCGAUCGCCAUCGUUGUGCUGAUGAAAAAUCUCCGUCCGUGUGGCGUACGAAGUGUAUUGUAAUUAGUGCCCUCAUCCUUUUUCAUACGGGGUAUUAUGUAUGCUGCAGGGAGAAUCAUUAGUCGCUAACAUAUUCGAUCAACAUUCUGAACCAGGAAAGCUGUGAAGCGGCUUCUCAUCUGACAGGACGAAACAUUUGGUGGUGGUCACUUUCGACCAGAUGUGAGAGGAAUGUGGAACGAUGUAGAACAAUGUAGAACAAUGCAAAGAUAUGAGCGUUAUAAUUGGAGUCCGCACAAGUGCCUUCUAUUUUUGUGGCGUGAAGGAAGCAACGCUUUUGAAGCAGUGGCUGGUAUACGUCUCGAUUAUUCGUAGCCCGAAGCCAAGUGAAGAUAUAUAUUCGCCCUUUCAAGCAUAAGCAUUGAAUUUCCUCCCAAAAAUGAGCCACUGUAUACUCAUGAACAGGCUACAGCAGUAAUUUGUUACGCGUGCGUAAAGCGUUUAGUAUAGUUGCGUUCCUGCCAUGAUCCGUCUAAAGCGAAAAGAGUAUCAUGCAUAAAUGUCUAGCAAGGAUUGUCCGUUGCUCGCGGGCAUCACCCAUUUUCUGUGGAAAAUGUUUGCUGGUCUAGUCAGUGCUGAUUACUCGAUACCUAUCUUCUUCCAGCACGCUUUGUUCGCAUUUGCACCGAUGCGUUUGCAUUUGAAGCGAGCUUGUUGACAAGGGGACAGGAGUGCAGCCCCUUCGUGGCAUACAACUAUGCAGAAUCCGCAGGAUCCCACGAAGUAUGCCCAUCGGGCCGUUUUCAGGUGCUCCUGGUACCUUCCUGCUAUAAGCCAUACGUGCGUCACAGGGGUGUGUCACGUGAUGUGUGUUAUGUGAUGAGCAGCUAAAAGGGUGGUUUAAACUGAAUCAUCUGUAUAAGGGUUGUGAGGUAUUAGUGGGACCAGCUGUCCUGGUGCGACUUUCUCUUACAUUUAACAACGUAUAUAGCUGUACUGGCAGACCUGUAUGAGAAGGCAAGUGUCAAAAAUAGAACUAAACUGAACCGAAGUGAUUACGCUGCAAGCAGUCUGGCAGGAGUCAGAGCCAGGAACACUGGCUAUGGCAAUGCUCUGACUGUUGGAAGUUACGUUCAGGAAGUGCGCGGUGUUAUGGUAUGGUAGCCUUUCGGCAUACUGUCUACAGAACGAGAAGCAACAGGGCCAACACCUCACAGACGAUUAUAGGAAUUGGCUAGGAAGUGUUGGCAGUGCACUCCUGUGGUGAUAAGAGCUGAGACUAGGAGCUGGUGUACGGAUGAAUAGGCCAACAUUACCUUUAGCUUGAGGACGGACGAGAAGUAGACAGGCGAGGCACGGGGGGGGGGGGGGGGACCAAUAAUAUCUUCAUUUGACAUCGCAAGGGGGUUACGUUGGGGAGAUUUUAUUGCAGAGAGAGGGCGUGAAGUGUGACAGAGGGUUGGCUGGUGCAGCCUCGGGCUUGGUUAUGACUGCGUUCGCAUUUUCUCUGAAGUUGCGGCAGUAACCAACGCCCAAGACUGCAUCAGUCAAGUCAACUCUCUGCCACACUCCUGCCUCUCUCUGUAAUUUCCUUUCCUCAACAUGACCCCUUGGUGCCACAUAAAGCGAUCGUUGAUGGCACUGAGUCUCGUCUGUUUACUUCUUGUUGUGGUCCGUUCUCAAGCUCAAGGUAGUUGGCCACAUACUGGUUAUAGUGUUCCGCGGUCCUGUGUGGCAUCUGCUGCGCCUGUGGGCUAUGCUGCCAUUUCCACUUUCUGGCAUAUCGAAGGCAAAUCUAGCUAACUCUGCUUGGCUGCUUGUGACAUGUCUAUGUUUACAUGCCUUCCUAGGUUUCAUUGCCACUUAACGAGCUGCAUAUACACACAAGAAAAGUCUUCAGGGUACCUAACAAGAAAGAGAAGUAAUGGCCUUCGAGGAAAAUCGUAUUUUAUUGUGUUCUUAAUGAGAAAUAAAGAUACUAGAAUCAAAGAAAUAAAUAAAAGUUUUCGGCAUU